CACAACGCUUUGCAUAACGUAGCGAAAGAUGCUGUCGCGCAAAGCGCAAUUAGUCGGUUUGGUUGGCGCACUCCUGUACUUUACUGCGCAUGCAAUGAAUCCGAAGACCAUGGCAUCCAUGGACCAUGGUAGUGCCCAGCAAGCCGCAAACGUCGCGCACGAGACAGCAUCUCCCUUCGCGGAGCAGACUUGCCUCGUCGCCGAGGAGCUGGAUGCAGCAGUCCAGCGCUUCUCCCAGUUUCUUCAGUUCCGCACCGUGAGCAGCCCGCUGGUGCCGCACCACACCGUGGAACCCGAUGAGUUCCGGCGGCUGCACGACUGGAUGCCGACAGCCUUCCCCGAGGUCUGGGAAACACUGGAGGUGGAGGAGGUCGGCGACGCCAACCUGAGCUACCUGCUCAAGUGGGUCGGCACCCUGGAGCUGCAGCAACAGCAACAGCAGCAGCAACAGCAACAUCCCGCCGCCGCUGCUGAGGGGGUGGCUGCGCCGCUGCUGCCGGUCCUGUUCCUGAGCCAUCUGGAUGUGGUGCCUGUGGCCAACGAGACCCUGUCCAACUGGACGCACCCGCCAUUCAGCGGCGCCGUGGCGGGCGGCUACGUGUGGGGCCGCGGCGCACUGGACGACAAGGUGGGUGUCUCAGGGCUGCUGGAGGCCGCGACGCUGCUCAUCCGCACCGGCUGGCGGCCCGCGCGCACGCUGUACUUUUCGUUCGGGCAGGACGAGGAGGUGGGCGGCGAGAAGGGGGCAGCUCAAAUUUCGGCGCUGCUGGCGUCUCGUGGCGUCAAGGUGGACAUGGUGUUUGACGAGGGCGGAUCCAUCGGCAGUGACGGCUACCCGCCGUACAGCACCAAGCCUCUGGCGCUGGUGGGGCUGGCGGAGAAGGGCUUCGCAACCGUCCUGGUCCAAGUCUCCGCUGCGGGCGGCCACUCCAGCAUCCCACCACUGGACGGCUCCAGCGCCGCCGCCGUGGCCGCGCGCAUCAUCACUGCCAUUGACCGCCGCCCGCCGCCCACCCGCCUGGCGGCGCCCGUCACGCAGUUCCUGGGCGCCAUCGCGGACUCCACGCCGGGUCUGCGUGGGCAGCUGUUCAGUGUGGUGGGCUCGCCACUGGCGCCCGACUGGCUGCGGGACCUGGUGGCCAGCGCCUUCCUGGGGCGGGACACGCCCGAGACCGCGGCCCUGGUGCGCAACACCGCUGCUGUGACCGGCCUGACGUCGGGCUUCGCGGAGAACGUGCUUCCCCCGAGCGCCACGGUGCGUGUCAACUUCCGACUACUGCCUGGCGCCACCACCGCCGACGUCAUUGCCUACCUCACCGACGUGGCCGGGCCGGACCUGCCGCGCGUGCGUUUCGAGAUGAGCGGCGGCCAGAACGGCAGCAUGGCCACACCCGUCACCUCCGCCUCCAGCCCCUACUUCGCCAUACUCAAGGCCGCGGUGCAGCAGGUGUAUCAGCUCAAGGACGGCAGCGGCUCAGUGGACGUGGCGCCCACACUCAUGGCGGGUGGCACCGACAGCAAGCACUACCUGCCCAUCAGCGCGGGCGGCGCGCUGCGCCAUGUGCCGGUGUCGCUGAACAAGACUGCGGGCGACAUGCGGCGGGUGCACGGCCUGAAUGAGCGUGUCAGUGUGGCGGACUUUGGCCGGGGCGUGUGUGUGUUCCAGCGCCUCAUUCAGAUGGUGGGGGGCAGCGCCUAAUUAAGGUGGCGGGAGCCAGCAAGACAGUGCGGGUCGGUGGCUGGGGUACGGGCCAUGGGGUUGAGGAUUUUGAGGAAUGGUAGGGCAGGACCAUGCGAUAAGGAGCAUUAGUUGCUGUUCCCAAGGAGCGUUCCUUGUGUUUGCGUUGUGGGUAGACUGUGAGAUUGACGGCUUCCUGUUGGGGGACCUGUUUUGACGGACACAGCUCAAGAUGGCGCGCGGCAGUGGCAGCCGCGGUAUGCAGCUGGGUUGGUAGCGGCUGACAACACGCGGCCGGUGUGUAGGCUGGCUGGGCGGCUUGUCUGUGCCGGGUACGGUGCGGUACCCUAGCUGCUGGGAAACGUUCUUGUUGGCGCGACUGGGACAGUAAUGUAGGGCAAAGGCGGCCCUAUGCUUACGAGACGAGGAGGCGGUUGAAAGCUUUUGUACAUCACUGUUCCAUGGCGAUGCCUGGCCAUCCUGAGAAGAUCGACGAUUGGGCGGCGAUUGACUGCUCACACAGCACAAAGGCUACAGUUCACGGCCAUAUUGUUUACAUGCACAUUCCUUUUAAGCACCCAUGCU